UAUUAAUUUGCUUAUCGUCUAUAAAGGAAAAUCUGUCUGGAAUGAUGAUAAGAAAUCUAAGAAGAAUUCCGUUGAAACAAAACUACUCACUUUUUAUUCAAAGGCAAACUUUUUUAACUAAUGACUAUCAGUGUAAUGGCGCUUGGAACGACCAGGUUUCAUCGUCGGUGCUCAGCAAAGUCAAUCUACAUGACUUUUUUAAUACCGUGGACCAGAACUAUUCCACCAAAGGCGUUAUUAGCGCCAUAGACGUGGAUGUAUUCGCAAAUUCUUUAAAGGAGUCGGUUUACCUUGACGAACUUAAAGAACUUCUCCACAAGUUGAGAUUGUCUGCAGAAACUGGGAAUACUUUAGAGUCUACUCAUCAUGCCACCAUCAGGAAUUACAUCGAGUUUGGCAAUAUUGAAGAUUUGGUAAAAAUAUUGCAGGAUCCUCUUAACUUUGGCGUAUUUCUUGAUGCAUAUACUGCAAACAUAUUGUUAAAUAAGUUAAUAACAGCGCAAAACUAUGAGCAAGCUGCUAAUGUUGCAUCUUUGGUGAUGCUUCAGGAAGACUUUAGCAAUGAAAUUACUUGUACUCUCUGCCAAUAUGCUUGCUACAAGUAUAUCUCAGGAUAUACUCCACCGGAGCCUAGUCCUCCACAAGAAAAACCAAAGAAAGUAGAAGAAGUGAAGAUAAGAAUAAAAUAUUUAAGAAAUCCUUAUUUUGAUGAUCACUUUGACAUCAAAGAUACUUUAACCGCAUCUGGAAAAACACUAGCAUGGAUUUCUGAAAAAUCUGGUGACAAUCUCAAUAACAAUCUGCAAAUCAUUGGUUUGAUUGUAUAUAGAAAAUAUGACAAAUUACUUGUUCUAAGUGAAAACCUCAGUAAAUCUUCAUUCAAGACAUAUGCUGAAGUUCUUGAAAUACUUAAAAAGGAAUCUAUAAAUGUUGAAGCAGAAGCAAAAACAACAUUAGACCAGUGUCUUUCUGUUCUAAGCUCAGUUGGAACAGUGGAAACAUCUUUAGAAGACUCCUUGAAGAUAGCUAUUGAAAAUGCUAUCAAUAAGAAUCAAAAUAAGGACAUAGCUUCCCAGGAACAGCUAUUCAAGUCUUGGGUAGAAAUACGGGAAAAGAAACUUCAAGAACAAACAAAGCGCCUUGAUAGAGCAAAACGGCUUGAAUUCAUCCAAAAGAGUCAGACACAAAUGGCUGAGGAAGAGCAGAAACUGUGGUUCUUUGAAAAUGAAGAAAAUAUUGACCUACAAAUUGAGGAAAAAGAGAAGUUGGAGGAUAAAAGUGUAACUAAAAAGAAAGCAUUGGAGAAAUCUGAUGAGAAUUAUAUUCCACCUGAGAUAUUACCAAAACGAAGAUAAUAAGUAUAAUGUAG